AUGAUGUCUGUGUCAUUCGAAUUCUCCACUCCCGGCUGUCUGCGCACUGCAUUAGACAAUUUGCAGUGCAGUUCUAUGCCCUCACUUUCGAAAGAUGUCGAUUACCUAUCACCACUGCAAAAGCUCGCCAUCGAAUUUGGGCGGUCCGUAGUUGGCGAAUAUGGCCUCGAGAACGCUCUCGCACUCUCCACAGGCUGCUACCGAGACAUCGUCGUUGUGCUCCAGGAGCCCACCUAUGGUGCCUCUUAUCUCUGUCCAGCAGAGAUGGUUGCACAAUCCUACACUAUUAAUUGGAUUGACGAAAUACUUUGUCGAUCCACCGGAGGCGUACGUACGUGGAGCAAUACACGUAUUUUUGAUAUUCGCCCAUUCCGCAACGCAAGGUGGAGGGAGGAAGAUGCUUCUGACUCAAGAGAACGCUUCGAUGAGAUGGCAUAUCAAACUUUCGAAGAGAUGAUCCGCCUCGCGAAGCCAGAUGUCGUGCUUGUCUGUCAAUGCGAGACAGCUCAAACUGCGAAGAACAAAUUAGCAAUAGGUCUCUCAUCAUCAAUUACCUCAGCCGGAACUCUUAGGGUCCUUGAGAUCCUGGGCCGAAAAACGAUCAUUGUUAACGGCUUCCAUCCUUCAUACUUUACAAGGCAGCUAUGGGCUAGGGACGAUGCAGCGGACGACAAACAUGGGCAAUUGUGUCGCCGGAAAAAUCUGGCUCUUCUGAGUGAAGGCUUGCUGAAGUUUGCUUUCCUGGCUGCUGUCAAUGCUGCUGCUGGACGCAAAAUAACCGGCUUCGGCCGAGCAAAUCUCUCCCGCUGUGCCUUGAAUGGGCCUGUUAGCAGAAUGGAGCGAGUGGACAAUGCGAAUGGCGAGCAGUCGUUAUCUAUAACGCUGACUUACGAAUGGAUCAGUAAGGCUGAUAUCGCAUCUCCUAAACUUAUCGAGAAAAUGAAGCGGAGACCAGUUGGUAUAGAGAUAACAAGAAGGAGCUAUCUGACCUCCUCUACCAGGUCACUCUUCGCGAGCAGUGAUCAACGCCGGCUGCUCGCCGCCGAGGGACGGACUUCUCGGGAAGACAGAAGCCAAGCACAGGACUAUGCCAGGAGAGUAUGA